AGUGUUAGUGAUAAGGUCCAACCGUUAUAUUAACCAGAGCAGUUAAAAUAUAAUCUAUUGACUUGUGGGUCGCCAACUAUUAAGCUAUUAGCGGAUUGCUUUCAAUAUUAUUUUAAUAUAAAUUAAUAAUCAAAAUGUUUUUAAGAUGUGUCAUCGGUGCUGCUGUUAUCAUAAGUAUUUUUGGUGUUGUUUCAAUUAAUGGAUUGCAGUGCUAUUCAUGUUAUAGUUACGACCCCUGCAAUAGCCCCGUUUUGGAAACCUGCAAUCAAAUUUUAGCGAAUAGCACAUCAUCGUAUCUAGAUCUAUAUUUCUUAAAUGUAAAUACCAGUUUGAUCAGCUCAUCUUAUAACUGCCUAGACUCAUAUAUACACAACAAUUCGACAAACUCUACUCAAUUUUAUAAAGGCUGUGUAUACACAUCCGUCGAUGCUUGUAAUUUAAAAUUGAAAAAUGAAGUUAAUACCUAUAAAUCAUGCAAUACUUGUAACAAGGACGCCUGUAAUAAUGUCAGUCAUAUGAAUGUUAAUAUACUGACUGUAGUCUCCACAGUCCUACUGAUUGGAGUCGCAAAGUUUGUACUAAACGAUUGAGAUAUGAGAUAUAUUUAAUAUCAUAGUAAAAGGUGAAAUUAUUAAAAAUUAUAUACAAUCAGUUGUAAAAAUAU